ACACACGUGGCCAACCAACCUCCCUCCUUAACACUCCCACCAACUCCCUUUAACCUGUCACCUUACUAAGCUGCUUCCAACAGCUACUAUUCUACGUCAACAAGACAACUACGUCGCGCACAGAGAGAGAGAGAGAGAGAGAGAGAGAGAGAGAGAGAGAGAGAGAUGGGAAGGAGCAUCAGUGCAGUAGGAGUGGCUGACUUGGUGAAGGCAGGUCUAGCGAUCGAGGAGGCCAAGAAAUUCCAUAGGGUGCUUAAUGAAACAGUUUCGGGAGCCAAAGGUUCUGACCCACGAGAGGUGUGGCGCGAGCUGCUGGCUCGUAAGGUGUUAAAGCCAUGGUACCCGCAUGGGCUGCACCAACUGGUUUACUACUCAGUCUAUGCUGAUUGGGACUCUUCCACCAACGGUCCCCCUAUUUACUGGUUCCCUUCCCUCCAGAUAAAAUUUGCUGGUUUGCGGAUACCAACUGAUAGAUAUCAGUCUAAACAAACAAAUUUGGGACGUCUGUUGGAAAACUAUGGCUCAAAGAUACUAGGGGAAUCAUAUAAGGAUCCUAUCACAAGUUUUAGUAUAUUUCAGAAGUUCUCUGUUCAGCAUCCUGAGGCUUACUGGUCGAUUGUUCUAAAAGAGCUUUCAGUUUCAUUUCAUGAGGCCCCAAAGUGCAUUUUUGAUACCACUGACAAAUCAAAACAUGGGGGAACAUGGUUUCCUGGUUGCUCUAUGAAUAUUGCUGAAUGUUGUUUACUACCUAGAAGUCAUCCAAGAAAAGAAGAUACUAGCUUGGCCGUUGUGUGGAGGGAUGAAGGCAGUGACAAUUCUGAGAUCAGCCAUAUGACCUUGAAAGAACUUCGAGAGCAAGUAAUGUUGGUGGCAAAUGCACUGGAUGCAAUAUUUUCAAAGGGUGAUGCAAUUGCAAUUGACAUGCCAAUGACAGUGGAUGCAGUUAUCAUAUAUUUGGCAAUUGUAUUAGCAGGAUUUGUUGUUGUUUCAAUAGCUGACAGCUUUGCCCCAAAGGAAAUUGCAACUCGUUUGCGUGUGUCAAAGGCAAAGGCUAUCUUCACUCAGGAUUUCAUAUUAAGAGGAGAUCGUAAGGUUCCAUUGUACAGUCGAGUUGUAGAAGCUUCUCCAAUUAAAGCUAUAGUGCUCCCCGUGGCUGGGAAUAAUGUAGGGAUUCAGUUAAGAGAACAGGAUUUAUGGUGGAAAGAUUUUCUUUCCAGUGCCAAUUGCCAUCCAGGAUCAAAUAGUUAUAUUCCAAUCUAUCAACCUGCAGAAUCCGUUACUAAUAUUCUCUUUUCAUCUGGAACUACAGGAGAACCAAAAGCUAUCCCAUGGACACAACUUUCACCAAUUCGAGGUGCUGCUGAUUCGUGGGCUCACAUUGAUGUUCGAGUUGGAGACGUUUUCUGCUGGCCCACAAACCUGGGGUGGGUGAUGGGACCAAUAUUACUCUACUCGUGCUUUCUAAGUGGUGCAACUCUUGCACUCUAUCAUGGAUCACCUCUUGGCCGUGGAUUUGGAAAAUUUGUUCAGGAUGCAGGAGUGACUGUUUUGGGUACAGUUCCUAGCUUAGUAAAAGCAUGGAAGAGUACAAUGUGUAUGGAAGGCCUAGAUUGGACAAAGAUAAGAUCAUAUGCAUCAACUGGGGAAGUCUCCAAUAUUGAUGAUGACCUAUGGCUUUCUUCAAGAGCUUAUUACACACCCAUUAUCGAGUGUUGUGGUGGAACAGAACUUGCGUCGUCUUACAUCCAAGGAAAUCCACUGCAGCCACAAGUUUUUGGAGCUUUUAGCUCAGCAUCAAUGACAAGUGGCUUUGUCAUCCUUGAUGAGCACGGGAUACCUUAUCCAGAUGAUCAAGCUUGUGUUGGUGAAGUGGGCUUAUUCCCUGUAUACAUGGGAGCAACUGAUAGAUUGCUUAAUGCCAAUCAUGAGGAAGUUUACUUCGAGGGAAUGCCAACUUACAAAGGAAUGCACUUAAGGAGACAUGGAGACAUCAUUAAGAGAACUGUUGGAGGCUAUUUAAUUGUACAGGGUAGGGCUGAUGACACCAUGAACCUUGGAGGAAUUAAGACCAGCUCCAUUGAAAUUGAGCGAGUAUGUGAUUGUGCUGAUGAAAGCAUCUCAGAGACUGCUGCAAUCAGUGUUGCACCAGUAAAUGGUGGUCCAGAACAGCUGGUUGUAUUUGUAGUAUUAAAGAAAGGGUUUAAUGCUGAACCUGACAAGCUGAAGACUAUAUUCUCAAGGGCCAUCCAGAGCAACCUCAAUCCUUUGUUCAAGGUGAAUUAUGUUAAGAUUGCUCCGGAGUUUCCCAGAACAGCUUCUAAUAAGUUACUGAGAAGGGUGCUGAGGGACCAAAUGAAGCACGAGAUUUCAGUUCGGAGUAGAAUUUAGCAGCAACAUCAUCAAUCGUCGAUGUAUCAGAUCUCAGGAAUCUGUUCAUGUGAGCAUUUUGAGAGGCUUGAAUGCUAACUGCACGAAUAGAAUAAGAAGAAAUGGUUUAGAAAUAUAUAUGAAAACUAUAGUUGGAAAUCCUUGGUUGCUGUACGUGUUUUUUAUGACAUUAAUAGAUAGGAGUGCAUUACUUUUGAGGCUCUUACCCCUUCAACCGUGAUGAUACAAUAAUAUUGCAAUUGUCAUGGAGUUGCAGAUUGUGAGGUGUAAGAGGCUUCCAAGUUGCAAUGGCCUUUUGACAAAUGAAAAAACUUGAAUCUAAA